AUGGGGGGUGUAGAGCUGUUGACCGAGGUAGGGGUGGCCAGCUGCAGUCCUAUUCCCCAGCUCCAGUCCUAUACCCCAGUCCUAUACCCCAGCCCCAUACCCCAGCCCCAGACCCCAGCCCCAGACCCCAGCCCCAGACCCCAGCCCCAGACCCCAGCGCCAUACCCCUGCCCCAUACCCCAGCCCCAGCCCCAUACCCCAGCCCAAUACCCCAGCCCCAGCCCUAUACCCCAGACCCUGAGGGACGUAGAUGGUCAUGAGGAGCGGAAUGCCCAGGUCCAGUUGGAGAAGGCCAAGUACAAGCCUGUGGCAUUUGCUGUGCGGUGUAACUUCUAUUACAUACCAGCAGACGACGACAACAUCCCAGUACCAGGCCAGGCUGUCACCUUCGAGGCCAGAGACUUUCUACACGUCAAAGAGAAGUUUAAUAGUGACUGGUGGCUUGGGCGUCCAGUGAAAGAGGAUGGAGUGGUGGGGUUCAUACCCAGUCCAACCAACCUGGAGACCAUCCUGAUCAGGAGAGAUGUCCAGGCCAGGAAAGCUGCCAAAGCUCUGGCCAGGUACACAGCCAUAAGCCUGAUCCUGACCCUUGACAUGCUAACCCUGCUGGGGGAGCAGGUGGCAGCCUAUGACGUGGUUCCUACCAUGCGGCCUGUGGUGCUGAUGGGGCCCUCACUGAAGGGCUUAGAGGUAACAGACAUGAUGCAGAAAGCACUCUUCGACUUUUUAAAACACAGAUUUGAAGGGAGAAUUACUAUAACUCGUGUGACUGCAGACAUCGCUCUAGCGAAGCGGUCCAUACUCAACAACCCCAACAAGAAAGCCCUGAUGGACCGAUCAAACACACGCUCUAACCUAGAUACUGCUGCCCAAAUCCAGGGGGAGGUGGAGCGGAUCUUUGAGCUAGCCCGGAGCCUACAACUGGUGGUUCUGGAUGCAGACACAGUGAACCACCCCAUCCAGCUGUCUAAAACAUCUCUGGCCCCUAUCCUGGUCUACAUCAAGGUCUCCUCCCCCAAGGUGUUAUCAAGGCUGAUCAAGACCAGGGGUAAGUCUCAGACCAAGCAUCUCAACGUCCAGAUGGUGGCUGCAGACAAGCUGGCCCAGUGCCCAACGGAGAUGUAUGACGUAAUCUUGGAUGAGAACCAGCUGAGUGAUGCCUGUGAGCACAUAGCAGACUACCUAGAGGCCUACUGGAGGGCCACCCACCCCCCAGAAACAGAACCUGUUAACCCCUUAGUGGAGAAGCUGGCAGAGAACACUCUGGCUAUCAGUCCUGCUCCAAAGGUUGGAGAGGGAAUUAAUAAGCCAUCUGCGAUGAAGAGGAAGGGUGCCCAUGACCACCAGGCUGACGAGCACACCCAGCCCGCAGAGAGGAGAAAGAAACACCUCUCAGACCAUCACACACCCACGACCACCCUACAAACCACCCUCCUAACCACCCUAACCACCACAACUGCAGGACAGAGCACCACACCCAGCCUCAGUAGAAAGAGAAUAUCUCCAGCCUGGACAAAGAUCACUGCCAGUUGA